GGCGGUGGCGUCCGGCGGGAACCAGCUGAGGCGGCCUGAGCUUCCCGCGGGAGCAGCAUCGUGGGGCCGCCGGCGCCGCUGGGGUCUCGGGGGCCGUGGAGUGGGCCUGCGUGGCCGGCGGAGCCGCGUCCUGUCCAUCAGGGGCGACUUCCGGCCCGGGCGCCCGCCCCGCGAGGACGCGGGGUCGGCGCACGCAGCGGCGGCCAGGCGGGGUCCUGCCGCCCCUCCCCGUCGUCUCCGUAGCGGCGUGGGUCCCCGAACUCGUGACCGCGCGGAGGCGGCGUCUCAGGCCCGCGCCCUGGCCCUGGGCUUAGGACUGGCGGCAAACCUCUCGGCGGUCGGCGCCUUCCUUCCCGCUUGGCCCGCUCUCCGGAAACGGGGUCCGCGCUCGCGUUCGGGGCUCCAUGAGGGCUCGGGCCGGGGGCGAGACCUGGCGGUUUGGAUGGAGGGCGGCGGUGGCGUGGCUGUUCCUCUGACGGGUGGCCGUCCGGGGUGAGGCGGGAAAGCUGGUCUUUAUAGAGUGGAGCUCAACCUAGAGGAGUCUGUGACCUUUGAUGAUGUGUUUGUCAACUUCACCCUGGAGGAGUGGGCUUUGCUUGAUCCUUCCCAACAGCAGCUGUACAGAGAUGUGAUGGUGGAUACUUUCAGGAACCUGGCCUCCAUACAAAAAGAACGGGAAGACCAGACUGUUGAAGAAGUGUGUAAAAGUACCAAGAAAUAUCUAAGGUUGAAUAGCCCUAAUCAGCAUAUCAAAAAUCCAAAAUGUUUUAACAUUGGAAACAUCUGGGCCUCCAGUCUCUUGCCACAAACAACGAUUUCUGAUGCUUUAAGGGUUCAAGAUUUAUGGAGACUCUAUGAACAUAAAGAAGGUCUUGAAGGUGGAGAAAUCUUCCAUGGUACUCUAGAUUCUGUUAUGAACAUUAAAUCUCCUGCUGCAGUGGAAGCCAGUGUCUUUGACAUCUUCCUCAGGCAUUCAUCCCUGAACAUGGCCUUCAGAACUUACACUGACUCCAAACUCUAUGAGUAUCAGGCAUUUGAAGAGAAACCGUGUAAAUGCACCACAUGUGGGAGAGCCUGCAGUGAUCCCCAGUGCUUCCAGAAUGCCAAGAGCACCAACACUGGAGCCAGAACCCAUGCGUGUAAGCAGUGUGGGAAUGUCUUCAGUCAUCCCACCUCCCGUAGGAUACACAGACGGACUCACACAGGAGAGAAACCAUAUGUGUGUCAGCAAUGUGGAAAAGCUUUUAGUUCUUCCAGUUACAUUAAGAUACACGAAAGGACGCACAGUGGGGAGAAGCCUUAUGUGUGCCCGCAAUGUGGGAAGGCCUUCAGCUACCCAGGUUAUGUUAAGAUACAUGAAAGGACUCACACAGGAGAGAAGCCCCAUGUCUGCCAGCAGUGUGGGAAAGCCUUCUUUACUUUGAGUGAUGUUCGAAAGCAUGAAAGAACUCACAGUGGUGAGAAACCCUUUCUGUGUAAGGAGUGCGGGAAAGCUUUCAUUGAUUCAAGUUCCUUGCACAAACAUAAAAUAACUCACACUGAAGAGAAGCCCUAUGUAUGCAGACAGUGUGGAAAAGCCUUUAGGUCUUGUGGUUACAUGACCAUACACGAGAGGACUCACACUGGAGAGAAACCUUAUGUCUGUAAUCAAUGUGGGAAAGCAUUUGGGCAAUCCAGUCACUGUCUCAUCCAUGAGAGAACUCACACUGGAGAGAAGCCCUAUGUGUGUAAGCAAUGCGGGAAAGCCUUCUUUACUCUGAGUGGUCGUCGGAAACAUGAACGAACUCAUAAUGAACAGAAACCCUUCCUCUGUAAUGAAUGUGGGGAAGCUUUCAGUGAUUCUAGUUCCUUACACACACAUGAAAUAACACACUGGAAAGAACCCCUUUCCCCAUAAACAAUUUAAGAGACAAUUUGAGCAAAUGGGAUAAAAGCCUCUGUAAGGAAUGUGGGGAAGCCUUUGUUAAUUCUGAUUCUUUGCACAAAUAUUAAAAUAAUGUACAUUGGGAGGAAAUUAUGAUUGCAAACAAUGUUGAUCAAGAGCCUUUCUGUUGGGUGAUGCUCAGACAUUUAUGAAUUCACAGAGUAGAGAAAUCCCUUAUAUGUAAGCAGUGUAGAAAAGCUACUAGUUAUUCUACUUGUUAUAUAUAUUAAAAUAUGUAAAGAGGCACAAUAGGCAGAGACUAUUCAAGUAAUCUGGCAGUGCUUGAAGACAUACAACAUGGAAAAAACACAAGUAUGAGCAGUGUGAAUGUCUUCAUUUCUCAAGCAACUUAAGAUAUGAACAAACCCAUUGGGCAGAAAUGCUAUGGUUUGAUUUAAUGUGAAAUGUUUCCCACUGAUUUCAUCCCAGCUGGUGACUGUAUGUUAGGUGGGUGUAGAAAGUUUCUACAGCCAGACAGGUCAGGGUGGUAGAGAUUGACUGUUGAAUGGUUUGCCUCACCUCAACUCUAGUCUCUUAUUUUCUCUUCCUUUCCUCUGUGAGUUUUAUCAGCCUUAAUCUCCAGCUCCAUGACAUUCUGUCCCUUUCAAUAAUGCCAGACUGUAGUGGAAAUCUGGACCUGUAAUCCAAAACAAGUAAUUUCUCUGCGCUAGGUGGUGGGAUUUAGAAUUUCAAGAUUAGCCUGAGCUAAUCUUAGUUGGGAGCCCUUCUGGGGUACAUAGGAGGCCUCAUCCAAAAACAAAUCAUGAUAAAUGAAUAAAUACAAUCAUUUA